GAUGGUGUUUCUCUAGUCCAGACACUUCUGGGAUUGGAGAUUGUUUGCUAUUGAGGAGACUUCGGCUCGGCAGCCAGCUGGGCAGCAACAAAGUAAAAUGGACAGCGAGAGACAGACCUUCAAGCCUCCCCGCCGCCAAACAGAGAUUCAGACUCCGUUCUUAGGCCACCUCCAGCUGAGUGCCCUGGACCACGGGAGCCAAGAGAGAACCUAGAAACUGCUCCUCUCAGAUGCCUUCGCCAAAGCAGUAAGAACUUCCUGCUUGAGUCCCUGUAUCCCCUCCCCCUGAAACUCCCCAGAAGAGGAGGAAGACCCCAGGGGGAGGGGCGAGAGAGAUUCUCCUGCAGCUAUUUUCCCCUUCCCUCCCCCACCCCGCCGGGCGCGCAGGCAGGCAUGGAUAUGCAGAGCCCUGGCCAGGGCAACAAUACCACAUCUUCCCAGGAGCCCUUCGGGACAGGCGGCAACGUUACUGGCAUCUCCGACGUGACCUUCAGCUACCAAGUGAUCACCUCUCUGCUGCUGGGCACACUCAUCUUCUGCGCGGUGCUGGGCAAUGCGUGCGUGGUGGCUGCCAUCGCCCUGGAGCGCUCCCUCCAGAAUGUGGCCAACUAUCUCAUCGGUUCAUUGGCGGUCACCGACCUCAUGGUGUCAGUGCUGGUGCUGCCCAUGGCCGCUCUGUACCAGGUGCUCAACAAGUGGACUCUGGGCCAAGUCACCUGCGACCUGUUUAUUGCCCUGGAUGUGCUGUGCUGCACCUCGUCCAUCCUGCACUUGUGCGCCAUUGCACUAGACAGGUACUGGGCGAUCACUGACCCCAUCGACUACGUGAACAAGAGGACGCCCCGGCGCGCCGCCGCGCUAAUCUCGCUCACUUGGCUCAUUGGUUUCCUCAUCUCCAUCCCGCCCAUGCUGGGCUGGCGCACCCCGGAAGACCGCUCGGACCCCGACGCAUGCACCAUUAGCAAGGACCAUGGCUACACUAUCUACUCCACUUUCGGCGCUUUUUAUAUCCCGCUGCUGCUCAUGCUGGUUCUCUAUGGGCGCAUCUUCCGAGCCGCGCGCUUCCGCAUCCGCAAGACUGUCAAGAAGGUGGAGAAGAAGGCAGCGGACACCCGCCUGGGAACAUCGCCGGCCCUAGAACCCAAGAAGAGCGUAAAUGGACAGCCAGGUAGCAGAGACUGGAGGAAGAGCGUGGAAAACAGGGCAAUGGGGGCUCCGUGCUCCAAUGGCGCGGUGAGGCAGGGCGACGAUGGUGCCGCCCUAGAGGUGAUCGAGGUGCAUCGAGUGGGCAACUCCAAAGAGCACUUGUCACUGCCCAGUGAGGUGGGUGUGGCCCCCUUUGCCCCGGCUUCCUUUGAGAGGAAAAAUGAGCGCAACGCCGAGGCAAAGCGCAAGAUGGCCCUGGCUCGCGAGAGGAAGACGGUGAAGACGCUGGGCAUCAUCAUGGGCACCUUCAUCCUCUGCUGGCUGCCCUUUUUCAUCGUGGCCCUGGUCCUACCCUUCUGUGAGAGCAGCUGCCAUAUGCCCACGCUGUUGGGUGCCAUAAUCAACUGGCUGGGCUACUCCAACUCUCUGCUCAACCCUGUCAUUUACGCAUACUUCAACAAGGACUUUCAAAACGCGUUUAAGAAGAUCAUCAAGUGCAAGUUCUGCCGCCAAUGAUGAUGAGGAUGAGGAUAGAGGGCGGAUAGCCGGCGAGUAGGGGCUACAGGACCAGCCUCAUACACUGCCUCCCCUGGCCCUCUGGAAUCCACAC